GAAGUUUGUCAACAUGCCUAUUCAUUGAUACAGUGUAGAAAUAUUUAUAGGUGAUAGUUGAAGUCUUCAAGUUCAAAACAUUGAGAAAGCAUGGAUUUUGACUUAGAUGACCCAUUAGAAAGUGACGACAGUUUUUUCGAAGAACCUAAAACGCUAGCAAAGCGGUCAAGUAUAUCAAAAACACCAGAAAAGAAAUCUUUGGAGAGUGUAUUUGGUUUAGCGGAAAAAAGUACUCAUGAAAACGUGACAAAAACCUCUGAAAAGAAAUCUCUGGAUAGUAUUUUGGGGAUAACAGGGAAAACUGAGAAUAAAUCGAAGCCAUCGGUAACCUUCGAAGAAGCAGCCUCAAGCAAUGAAACAAAAACACCUAAAGACGAUUGGUUAGGAGACGCAAGUCCUUCAAGUGUUUUGGAAAAGCAUACAAAAAAGACAGACUUCCUUGAAGAUAUUUUAUCAACAAAAUCAAAAUCGUCUAAGCCAGAGAGGAAAGUAUCUUCAUUGGAAAAUAUUCUCAAAGAAAGUAAGGCUCCCAUCCUUUCUAAACCCUCUAGUUCCUUGAAGGAUGUGAGUACGCCAGACGCAACAGACUUUGGAUCGUUCAGCACCAAUACUGGUCGAAGAAGAGGAAGGAGAGGAUCAUCAACUGGCUUGGAGGAUAACUUAGGAUUGGGAUUAUUUAGUGAUGACUAUCAAAGUGGUGAUUUCCACACGAAGGAUAGGAAAGUAACUGAUGGAUCAAGGCAUGAGGAGAGUAGAAAAAAGAGUGUGUCUGAUACAGCAGCCAUUCCAGGCUGGUUAGGUGGAUCUAGUACAAGUACAGUCAAGACUGAGACUGUAAAAAAAGAUGGAAGUUCAAAACCAUAUAUUGAAGAUGGUCCUAAUGAAAAUGAGGCAAAUAUAUCAUCAGCAGAUAAUUUAAUCGAGAAUAUUCCACCGAAAAAUAUCGAAAGCACCAGUUCAGUGGCCGUGGACGAAUUUUCUUUGAGACCACAACGCAUUAACAUGGAAAUUCAAAACUCUUAUGCAUCUUUGCAUCAACAAGAAUCUCUUCUCCUGGUUUCUCUUCAGUUCAAAAAAUACGAGGAGUCACUGAUGGAGAUCAAAGAACAGCAACGGGAAAUUCUAGGAAAACAAGAAAACCAGUUCAAAACUUUAGUCGAUGAAUAUAUUAUGAGACAGCAAAUGGUUGAAAAUAAUAUAAGACUGCAACAAGAGAGGAUCAAUAAUCAGAUUCAAAUGUUGAUCUGUAGUAGUCCUGUGAUUCACAAAAAUGAGAAAAAUCACGAUAAUUUGAAAAUUGACGAUGAAGUUGAAAAUUCUGAAUUAACUGAAAUUGUUCGCAAAAUGAAACAGAGACAUGAUGAAGAAAUGUUGAUGUUGGAGGAAUCUUUCAAGAAGCAGUUAGACAUGGCAGAAAAAUCUAAUUCUGCUCUUGAAGAAAGGCUACAAAACGAACUGAAAAAUAUUUCACAGAUGCUAGAAGAAAAAAUCAAAUCCAUGAGAAAUAAAUACGAAGAAGAGCUAUCUUACUAUGAAGAAAGAAAUAGGACUAUCGAAGAACAGUAUCAAAAUGAAAUCAGAUUGUUGAAAGAAAAACAUACCGUUAAUAUUGAAGAAAUUAAACACGACCACUCUACACAAAUCGAGUAUAUCAAGGAAAUGAUGCGAAAAGAAUCUAAUUUAUUAGGAGAUGGCCAUAUGUUCACCCAAAGAAUAGAUAGUGGAAUUGAAAUGUUAUCCAAAAGUACAAAAAUAUUGCAAGAAAUGGAAGAAAAAGUUGCUCAAAACUAUGACGUACUGACGAUGGCCAGAGAGAAUUCGAUAGAAUCAAAGGAGAAGGAAAUAAUUUUGAUGCGGAAUGCCCUGCAGAAAUCUAGAGAAGCAGCUGAAAAUGAGAGGGCGCAGUUGCUUGGCCUAGUUAGAAAUUUAGAAAUAAAGAUUGCCGAACAAUCUGCUAAUGGUCAGGAGGACAGAUGGGCACUCCAACAGGCAACUGCAACAUUAACAGCGAGAGCCACGGCAAUUGAAAGAGAGGCGGAAUACAACAAAACUGUUCUAGAAAGAGAAAGAGAACAAUUGAAGACACUGAAAGAGUCCUUAUUAGCAGAGCAAGAAAAGAUGGUGAUGCGACUAACAGAAGAAAAACUUCAACUCAGCUCUGAUAAAGCGAGAUUUGAAACUUCUAGCAAACUCACGAAUACUUUCGAAAUCGACAAAAUGAAAGCAGAAGCUGAAACCGCUAUCACAGUUGCGAAAGAACUCACGGACAAAGUCAACCAAGAAAGGAUUCAUCUGUACCGUCAAAAAAACGAUCUUGAAUCUUUCAGAAGAAAUUUGGGGGAUCGAGAAAAAGAACUAGAUGAAAGGGAAACCGAGUUAGAUUUCCUAGUGCAAGACGCCCAACGAAAACUGAAAGAUGACAAAAAAAUACUUAUUGAAGCUAAACGUAUGGAAAAAAUCUACAAAGAACGAAUGCAAGAAUUACAGAAGCAAUGGUUAUCCCUAAAUGAUAGAGAGAAAAAGCUAUCUGAAGAGAAAGUGCUGCUUUCGAAGGAGAGAUUAGCUCUAUAUACUUCUAUAAAGACGGCCAAGAGUUGUGUGCUAUGUAAACCUGGUGUAGGAAUGUCUUUUGAUGCUUUUCCACAGAUGAAUUUGCCAACUGAUUCAGAAAAUUCUAAGAUGUUAGAUGCGAACACUAUGAGACUGCGCUUGGAAGCAAUGGAGGAUGACGAAAGUGAAGUAAGCAAGGAAGAAAGUCGUUCGGUUAGAAUUAACGAAUCUUUCACAUGACCUCUGUUUUGGUUGAAUCUGACAUAAAUAUAUUCAAUAAAGACUGACAACAUCACUA